AUGUUUAUCUGCUGCACUGCCAUAACGAUCUGUAUCAAAUCCGAGUCCGCCCUUGAUCCGAGGUUGAAUCGAGUUUUGCCAGAUGGAACAAUUGUGGCGAAGAACAACACUUUUACAACUGCUGUUUCGGAAGUUGAAAGACACUGGUUUUGCAUGAUGCUUGAUGAAUCUUGGUUUACUGACAUCAGAUUCACCUCUCGAUGCGCCCCAGUAGAACCCAACAAAGACGGUUUCCAAACAAAAGCAAAACCAUUUUCUGACUCAUCUUUUACUAUUUUCUCGGCGGAAAUCGCGACUAACCCGCAAAAGAACCACAGGACGAUCAUAUCUGCUGCUCUCUGUUUAAUUAAAACAGAAAGGCGGAAAACAAGGAGAUAUUGA